UAAUGUUUUUGUGUUUGAUGAAUUUUGUGUGUCUUAAAGAACUUUGUUUUGCCUGUCUGCUUAUCAGCACAUUUUAGUUUACUGUAAAAUUAAGCCUCAGAGGGAGGCGGAACCCGUAAAUAUGAUGUCUGAUAACUUGAUAAUCUGCUAACAGCAGCACGUUUAAUGAGAGCAGGUGCUCAACACUGACAUUUGAAGUCAACCAAACCUUUGUGGUGACGAGAAACAAGCAGCUGAAGUAGGGCAGCAAAGUACUCAAACGAAUGUUCAAAGUUUCUGCGUUUGCCAGAAUACCACUAAACUAGGUCAGUGGCCUCUUUAAGAUUCUUCAUUCUCAUACCAGUGAACACUUCUUCCACGCAAUCUCACAAAGCGAAGACAUGUGAGGGAGACAGAACCUGCAAAACUUGAACUGGAUGGCAUCUUGAUGAGAAGAACCUCGUGGCACGGAGUUCUGAACACUCCUGAACGCAGAUGACUGAGCUGCUGAGUGGGUUCUUCGAAAUAAAGAAAGAUGAGCUGAGCUGAGAUGAAGCUCUCCUCAGCUUUUUGGAGAUGCAUCAUACUUCUUACGUUUCUCAUCAAGUGUUGGCCUCCACUCCCGGCCAGCUGCCAUGCCCUGAACAGCCCUGGAUACCUCACAGUAAAGCCGGAUAAACUUGUCCUCAUGGGCUCAAAGCUGACUGUGUACUGCCACAUCACAGAAUGGCCACGACGGUCACACAUGUCCCUGGCGGUGGAUGGUCAGACUGUGGGUUCAGGGAAGAAAAUCAACGACACUACGACAAUGUUCAACCUGACCGGUGUAUGGAAGCCGCUGUCUGCAGUGAUCUGCACGCUGAACAGUGAUGGACUCUCUGAGAUCAUUGGUGGACUGAGUCUACGUGCAGGACUUCCUCCAGAUAAACCUGAAAACAUCAUCUGUGAAACAACAAGAAGCUCAGACUUAACACACUGUUCGUGGACAAGAGGACAAGAAACUCACCUAGACACGUCGUACAACAUUUCAAUCAGCAGAGAAAAUGGGACCCAGAUACAUUCAGCUCAAACACAGAAUACUGAAAAAAUCACCAUACGACGAGGAAUGUUAGAAGAAAACACUAAAUACCUGAUGACCAUCACUGCUUACAACCACUUUGGAGAUUCACAAUCUGAUCCAUUCAUCUUCCGCAAAAUGGAUAUAGUGAUACCAGAAACCCCUCAUAUCACACAGAUAGAGUUUGGGAACAACUCCACAGCAGCCAUGUUGCAAUGGACAACCUCUGAAUCCUCAUUGCAGCUCAGAGCCGCCACCAGGCUGUCUGCAGAUAACGUUUUCUGGGAAGUGAGAGAGGGAACAGAGCUCAGCGAUGGUCUGAUACGAGUGGACGACCUGAGGCCUCUGACUGAAUAUGAGUUCCAGGUCAGAACAUGUUACUCAGCCUCAGGCCUGACGGACACCAGCACGUCCAGGUCCAGCAACAGGUCACUCUGCAGCAAAUGGAGUCCAUCUGUGAGGAAAACAACCCCAGGAAAAGGUCCAUCAAAGCAGCUGCAAGUGUGGAGGAUAUUAGGUGGCCAAGAAACAAACAGGCAGCAGACAGUGACUGUUUUGUGGAAGCCUCCACCUCCAGAGGAUUACAGCGGAGAGGUGAAAGAGUACAACAUCGUUCUGGCUAAUGACCAGAAACACACCUGUGCUGCUGCCAUCAACUGUUGCUCAGUUCAGGUACCAGCAGGGGUUCAGACUCUGAGCAUCUCUGUUGUCACCUCGUACGGGAAAUCUCCACCAGCUCACGUAGCUCUCAGACACUCAGGUGUUUUUGGACCUGUUCUGGGACGGCUGGCUCCUGCAGCUAAUGGCAGCGCCUUGCUCGUCUCCUGGUCGUGGCAAAGCAGCAAACAGGGGUCAGCAUCUGGAGGAGAGGUGUUGUACUAUAUGAUGCAGUGGACAAGUGUACCUGAAGCACAGCUGCAGUGGCGACAACUGGCCAAAGAUCUGAAAAACACAACCAUCACAGGUUUGACUCCAGGUGUGAGGUAUAAUGUCUCUUUGUAUGCUGUGACCACCAGAGGUGUCAGUGCGCCAUCAUCCAGCCUGGGUUACGCCAGAGAGCAGAAGCCAGAUUCUGGUCCAAACAUGUCAGUGCUGAGCCAUGAGGCCCGACGGAUCCUGAUCCAGUGGGACGAGCUUCCUGUGGACCAGCAGAGGGGCUUCAUCACAAAGUACACCGUCUAUAUUCAGACGCUGGACUCCAGCAACUCAGAACUAAAUGUGAUAGUGCCUGGAACUGGAUCAAGAAAAAUGUUGCUGGACUGUCCUGAAGGAGCUUUGGCUCUGCAGCUGACGGCAUCUAAUUCAGCCGGAGAAGGACCGAGGGGGAAACAGAUCUCCUCUCAGCCUGCAGCUCCUGCGGUUGGCCUGGUGAUUGUGAUUGUUUUCGUCCUCACUAUCUUCAUAGGAAUCAUUGCCAACCUGAUGUGCUGGAGUUGUGUGAGAGAAAGGAUCAAACAGAAGUGUAUAUCGUGGGGACCAGCGUGGCUUGUUGAGAACCUGCCAAAAGCAGAACACAGUAAUGCCAUCAGACUACUGGAGUACGACAGAGACGAACCGCUAUUCUCAUCCACCUAUAGCGACCCGCCGCUGUCCCCCGUCAUCAUGAUCUCUCAGGAGGAGAGUGACGAAGUCUACCCUGCCGUCCAUGUGGAAGUGUCCCAGACCGGGUCAGGACAAACCGCGACGGACACACCUUUAGUCCUGUCAGAAACCGGGACGGUGUUUGUGGGUAAUCAGCUGGAACAUGGCAGCUACAAGCCCCAGAUCGCUGCAUUGACUCCACAAGAAGAGGAAGCAGAGGAGAACCAGAGGGAUGUUCCACCAAAUGAAGUGGACGAUACAUGUUCAAGUGUCUUUGAAGGAUUACUGGGAGGCUUGUUGUCCAGUGUGGAUGUGGAUUUCUCUGAUUCACCUCAAGGACUGACUCUCGGCUCAGUCAGUGGUCUUUUGUGGCCUAGAACUGCUGAGACAAGUGUCUUGAAUAGUGGCUAUUUACAAGACAGUAGAGCGACUGAGGAUGGUGUGGAAACAGACUCUCCUUUCUCUCUGGAUGUGCAAAAGGAUGACAUAAUGACACCUGACACAGCAGAUUUGUCUCUGUGUGCAGGUGAGACGAUGCUGGAUGGUGGCUACUUCCCUCAGGUAGCUGCUGUCAAGUGAACUACACUAUGACGCACAGAGGUAGCAGGUACACAAUGACACAAACAGGACUAACGGCACUACUAAACCGAGUUUCAGAAAAGCAUUAUUAAAGCACCACCUCACUUCAGAUGAUGAUCUCAGAGUCUUUGUGUGAUAGGAAGAAAAUCUCACUUCAGAUGCUCUGUAAAUAUAAUCACUAUGGGUCAAAAACAAUGUUGUUCAAUGAAUAAAAAACUGUAGAGUGUUUUACGCUACUUA